AUGCUCACGGGUUCCUCCGUCUUUGCCCAAAGGAACCACGGUGGAGGCAACGGCGGCGUUGGGUCCUUCAAUCAUGGAGGCGGAAACUCUCCCAGUACCUUCAUCACGAGGGUUUCUACGACCCCGGUCACUACUGCUGGCAGUGGCGAUCCUCCAACUUCCAGCCCAGCCCAAGGGUCCUCAUCGGCGAACCCUUCUCCCGCAGGAGCCUCUUCUGUGGCCUCCUCCGGCUCGGUGGAUACCUCUCUCAUUCCCCCCUUUGGUAUCACUGCUGGGGUGAAAGCAAAUGACGGGACUGCGAAUUGCGUAGGCGAUGGCGGGAAAGCUAUCCCAUGCGAUUGUCCACCAGAUUCGAACACCUUCGUUAGUGCCCUCGAAGACUCCGUGGCAGCUGGGGCGGCGUUCCCACCUGGAACCUCAGCGGCAGACCAGCUCACACGGCUUCAAACGUGUAUCGUGACGCUACAGAACUUCAGGGGUGGUGCUGGAAGUGGCGUCGGGUGUCCAAUAGUGAGCACGACGUGGAAGGAACUACAGGCUCAGCUGCAGUCCGAAACCAAGUGA